GUUGCACCUGUCCAACGGUGUUUUCCAACACUCAUGCAGCAGACAGUGUGCAACACUAAAAACGUAUAUGCGUAAUUAACGCUAAUUAGUUGUCCGCUGGAAACAAUAUAGUUUCAAUCGAAUUCGAGCAUCAAUAAAGUGCGGGUGCACACGGCACACUGCGCAUUAGCAUAAUAAAAUCGAAAUCAAGCUCCAACUGGAGUGUGAAAACUGAUAACGGAUGCUUACACCACCACAUCGACAUCCCACGCAGCAACUAUAACAACAACGGCAUUAGACAAAGGGUACUAGUCGCAGUACAGUAAACAAAAACAAAUAGAAACCAGCCAGAUAAUACAAAGCAAAGCAAAAUCAAAAGCAAGAGUUCAACUCGCACACACACACACAAUCCAUAUUUUGCAGAAACGGCGAAAACAACUGCAGAAAGAAAUCAGAAGCAACAACAACUAUUGUUUUUAAAACUCGAUAAAACAUUCAUAUUUCAAUACGCCCUUUUCGCUGGAGAGCUGGUCAGUACUGGAUAAGUCGGCGAUCUAGAAAGUAACGAUGGCGCGCGAGGACGAGGAACGUAUCGUGGCCAACGAGGUCAACGAAGAAGAAGAGGGCGGCCAGCAGGGUCCCGGUCGUGGCUCCCGACAGGAUAAUGAGCUCGCCCUCCCCUCCGGCGGCUGUUGCAUGCCCACCAGCAAGAGCCACCGAUUCAUGGCCUUGGUGUUCAUGUGCCUGCUUGGAUUUGGCUCGUACUUCUGCUACGAUAAUCCGGGUGCUCUGCAGGAUCACUUUAAGGAGGAUCUCAAGAUUUCCACAACGCAGUUCUCCCUGAUCUAUUCGAUCUACUCGUGGCCCAAUGUGGUCCUCUGCUUUCUUGGUGGCUUCUUGAUCGACCGACUGUUUGGAAUCCGGCUGGGAACGGUCAUCUACAUGUUGAUCCUGCUGGUGGGCCAGCUACUGUUUGCCAGCGGCGGUAUCCUGGACGCUUUCUGGCUGAUGAUCCUGGGCCGAUUCAUCUUCGGCAUCGGAGCAGAAUCCCUGGCGGUGGCCCAGAACAGCUAUGCCGUGCUGUGGUUCAAAGGCAAGGAACUCAACAUGGUCUUCGGCCUGCAGUUGUCGGUGGCCCGAUUCGGCAGCACUGUUAACUUCUGGGUGAUGCAACCGAUCUACGACUAUGUCAGCAACUUCUACCAAGGACACCGGGCUCUGGGAGUGGUCCUGCUUCUGGCCACCUUGACGUGCGUCAUGUCGCUGAUCUGUGCCCUGAUUCUCGGGUGGAUGGACAAGCGGGCGGAGCGGAUUCUUCAACGGAACAGCAACCCCGCCGGCCAGAUCCCCAAGCUAACAGACAUCUUCACAUUCAAGGCUCCCUUUUGGAUGGUCUCCAUCAUUUGUGUGGCCUACUACGUGGCGAUCUUUCCGUUCAUUGCUCUGGGACAGAAUUUCUUUGUGGAUCGCUUCGGCUUAACCAAGAAGGAGGCCAACACUGUGGAUUCGUUGGUCUAUCUAAUUGCGGCCGUGUCGUCUCCGGUGUUUGGCUUCAUCAUCGACAAGCUGGGCAGGAAUGUGACGUGGGUGUUCACAGCCACGCUGACCACGAUCGGAGCCCAUGCCCUGCUCACCUUUACCCAGCUGACGCCGUAUGUGGGCAUGAUCGUAAUGGGCCUCUCCUAUUCCAUGCUGGCCGCCAGCUUGUGGCCACUUGUUGCUCUCAUCAUUCCGGAAUACCAGCUGGGCACUGCCUACGGCUUCUGCCAAUCGAUUCAGAAUCUCGGCCUGGCGGUGAUCACCAUUAUCGCUGGCAUCAUCGUGGAUCAUAGCGGCAAAAACCACACGUGGGUGCAGCUCUUCUUCAUGGGAUGGCUAACCGUUGCCCUAAUCGCCACCGGAAUUAUCUGGGGCUACAACAAGAAGCAUCAUGGCAAUCUCAACAUGACGCCUCAGCAGCGGGCGAGCUUUGUCAGUGCGGAGAAUUAUCAGAACUUUGAAUAGAGCGGAUGAAUCAGUAGAGGAUGGAACAAAAGGGGCAGCGAUCAGCGGACGUACCCGCAGAUCGGAUUAUUAUCGGUUAUAUAGAAGAGGGGGCAUAUAGUUAUUAUCUGCGGGUAUUGAAACGCCCAUGUCCUGGCCCACGAUGUGAUGAUGAUGUGUGAUGAUCGGUAUUUACUAACUGCAAUUGUUCGCCAACCAAGAACGGGGACAUACAAUACGCCCGGAUCAUCCUUAAAUCCACCCAAGAUUCAAGACUGAUCCGGGCGGUUUAUAUGCUAUUUUAAGCUAUGUAUUUUUAGAGCAAUUUAUUAUAACAGUUACAGAAUGUUUUUGUGUCAGCGUUUUACAAAUUAAACUUAAUAUCCAAAAACCACAAAAAUUAAUGAAACAUUUAGUAAGAAGACUUGUGCGCCUUGGGCAAAAGAAUAAUAUUGAUCUUGUAUAUAUUAUAUGUGUGUUACUCGAACCUAUAUCUCAUCCAUUCUAUAUUGGCAGCAUUUUCACGAGUACAGUGGUAUUCUAGUGUAAUGAAGUGGAUUACUAAAUCUUAAAUAUGCCUUCCUUGCAAAUAAAUGUUAUAUUUAAACAUAAUUUUUUUGUAAUUUUAAAAACAGAUCAUUACGUUUUAUAAUUUGAUUUAUUUAGCAUAAAGCUGGCGUUCAAAAUUCCUAUAACCCAAUAAAAACGAAGAUUUCUGUGUGUAAAUGUAA